GACGUCGCUUCCGCAGCAGUAUGGCGGCCACGGAGGACGAGGGGCCGGCUGGGAGCGGCGAGGGUGAGCGGCUGGAUUUCCUACGGGACCGGCACGUACGGUUCUUCCAGCGCUGCCUCCACGUCUUGCCCGAGCGUUAUUCUUCGCUGGAGACCAGCAGGUUGACAAUUGCAUUUUUUGCACUCUCCGGACUGGAUAUGUUGGAUUCCUUAGAUGUGGUGAACAAGGAUGAUAUAAUAGAAUGGAUUUACUCCCUGCAGGUCCUUCCCACAGAAGACAGAUCAAAUCUAAAUCGCUGUGGUUUCCGAGGCUCUUCAUACCUGGGUAUCCCAUUCAAUCCAUCAAAGAAUCCUGGAACAGCUCAUCCUUAUGAUAGUGGCCACAUAGCAAUGACCUACACUGGCCUUUCAUGCUUGGUUAUUCUUGGAGAUGACCUAAGCCGAGUAAAUAAAGAAGCUUGCUUAGCAGGCUUGAGAGCCCUUCAGCUGGAAGAUGGAAGUUUUUGUGCAGUACCUGAAGGCAGUGAAAAUGACAUGAGAUUUGUGUACUGUGCCUCCUGUAUUUGCUACAUGCUCAACAACUGGUCUGGCAUGGAUAUGAAAAAAGCCAUCAACUAUAUUAGAAGAAGUAUGUCCUAUGACAAUGGACUGGCACAGGGAGCUGGACUUGAAUCUCAUGGAGGAUCAACUUUUUGUGGCAUUGCCUCACUGUGUCUAAUGGGUAAACUAGAAGAAGUGUUUUCAGAGAAAGAAUUGAACAGGAUAAAGAGGUGGUGUAUAAUGAGACAACAGAAUGGUUAUCAUGGAAGACCGAAUAAGCCUGUAGACACCUGUUACUCUUUCUGGGUGGGAGCAACUCUGAAGCUUCUGAAAAUUUUCCAAUACACUAACUUUGAGAAAAAUAGAAAUUACAUCUUAUCAACUCAAGAUCGCCUCGUAGGGGGAUUUGCCAAGUGGCCAGAUAGUCAUCCAGAUGCUUUGCAUGCAUACUUUGGGAUCUGUGGCCUGUCACUAAUGGAGGAAAGUGGAAUUUGUAAAGUUCAUCCUGCCCUGAAUAUAAGCACACGGACUUCUGAACGCCUUCGAGAUCUCCAUCAGAGAUGGAAGACCAAGGACUCUAAACAGUACUCAGAGAAUGUACAGAUUUCCACAUGACUGACUUUGUUCAGACUGGGAGGGUGGGGAGAUUUGUAGCAAAACUGUAGCUCAAGGUUGAAAGCCAUGUAUAACCAAGUGUGCUCUUUUUUUUAAGAGAUAGAGUCUACAAUCAAAUAUCGUGCUGAUGGCACUUUGGGAUAUGGUCUUGAGCCAGUAACCUUUGUACUGGGUUUCAAGAAAAUCUUGGUUGAUGUUUGAACCACAAUGGACUCUGUUGUGGCUCUUCAGUGUUUAUACUGUAUUUCUAAGAAGUUCUUUGAGGCAAAUUAACUGUAUGUAUGUAGGUUAUCUUUUUUAAAAGCUCUUCAUUUCAAAUUGUAUCAUGUUAUAAAAUGGAACAAAUCUUCCGAACAAGUUUAUGAUUCACAUAGCAUUGAUAAUCUUCAGAUGAGCACUUAGUUAUCAUUUUAAAUGCUUGACUGCUAAUGGUAGAAAAUUGCUUUAAUGAAUUAAGUAUAUGGGGUUAGUCUUUGAAAACAGAUGAUUCCAUAAUUUUUAAAAAAGAAUGACUUAUUUUGUCUUAUUCUUAAGUGUGCCAGUUAAACUUGUAUGGCCUAUAGAAGUGAAAUUAACUUCAGAGCAAGAAUAAGUAGGCUUAACUAAUACAAUAAUUUUCUAAAGAAUGUUUUAAGACAAUAUUAUAUAACAGGGAAAAGUAAAUUAACUGUAUUUGAUAGUGAAUGGGUAAGUUUUGGCUGUGUGAGUCAUUUAUUUGGAUGUUGCUGGGGUGAAUUAACAGUCAUGUUUGAUUUUAAUCUCAAAUCAUUAGUUGGUUUUUCCCCUGGGAAAAAACAGUCUCAUCUAGAAGGAAAGACAUUUAGUGGUUUUGUUUAUUUUUCUGAGAUAUGUGAUAUUGUAAAUUAUACAUGUACUUUUAUAACUGAGUUAUUUUUAGCCAUUUGGAUUUUUUAGUUUGUUGCCCCUAGUAUGUUAGUGACUCUAAUUUCAAACUGGUAAUCUUGUAAUUUUUUCAAAUUAAAUAAGUAAAAAUUGAAGUGAAAAAACAGACCCACUAAAGUAAAUUUAAUGGUAUAGCUCCAUACAUGGUCUUUAUAUUUUUGUAUGUUCAGAUAAAUGGUAGGAAAACGUACUUUUUAGGUCUCAAAGGACUGGGGUUUCAUUCUUUUUUGUUUUGUUUUUUUCAUUCUAUGAACUAGCAAAUAGUAAAAGAAAUAGUGUAAAAACUCAUCAUCAUUAGUAAUCAGUUUAUCAGUAAAUUGUUCAAUGAUGUUGAAGAUACAAGACUAGUACUAAAAUGGAGAGGGAAAUCUCUUCAUAAAGGAGCUGGAUAUAAGUUAGUCUUGGUGAUAAUAGAUGUUGAAUUAUUCUACAAGUAUCAGUAUAAAAAUUAAAUCACUAGUAUCACUGUUUAGGAAUAAUGGUCCUUCCCAAGGAAAACCUAGUAUAUACUUGGAGAAUGAUUCAUUUAUUAUUGGCAUCCUCAGUUUGCCAAAGUCAACUUUGUUAUUUUUUUAAUUAUAAAUAAAGUUAUUUUUCUGAUGUUGGGGAAAAAAUAAACUUGACAACAGAUGUUACCCUUCCAUGAGUUAUUCUAGUUGCUUCUGUUUAAAUCCUGGCAAGUCAGAAUAUCCCCAUCUCAAAGUAGUUACCUCUUAGACCUCAGGAGUUAAAAUAGCUUAUUGUAAUAGUUUUAGAACUAUGUAAAAAACCCAGAUUGUUUUUACUGAAUCACCGUUAGUGGUUUGAAGGUAAGAAAGUAAUAGAAACUAUACUAUAUUCAUCAAUAAAAGAGAAUUCCAAGGUUAAAAGUAUUUCAUGAAACUUUGAAGAAAUAUUUUCUGACUCCUUGUGUAAUUGAAUGGCAUAAGAUUGUAAACUACAGUGUGGCUCCAACUGGUAUACUUAGGAGAGGCCUUUAAGGACCGGUGAAUGCUCAUAUUCCACAGCACCGUAUCCAUCAAAAAUGCCAGGCCAGUGUGAAUUGUGGAGAAACUACUACUAACUUUCUAAAUAGUUAUUUACAAGAAAAGUAUUUAUUAAUAAAGUAUAAACAGUAUU